UAAUAAGUGACAGUCGGUGAUUGUAUCACUGCUCCCAACAUUAAACAGAGAAACUGACUUCGCUCACAAAUCGCAGAUUCUCUCUCUUUGAGUCUUUACAGCAGACACCAAAAGAAACAUCCUCUGAAAGGGAAAGAACAACAAAGGAAAAAAAGAAUGGUCAUCAUCAUCUUCUUCUUAUUCUUCUUUUCGUUCUAAAUUCUAAUCCAAAAACCCAAUAUUUGCAGCAAAAGAGGGAUAAAAACAAGGGAGAAACUGAAGAGAAAAGAUGGGUGGGGUUACUUCAUCUAUGGCUGCAAAGUUUGCGUUUUUUCCACCCAACCCACCUUCAUACAAGCUAGUUAAGGAUGGAACUACUGGGAUUUUGCUUUUACACCCAUUUCCUCACCGUGAAAACGUCGACGUUUUGCGUCUUCCAACACGCCGUGGCACCGAAAUCGCUGCUGUGUACGUGAGGUACCCCACGGCCACCUCAACUCUGCUCUAUUCGCAUGGGAACGCCGCUGAUGUUGGCCAACUGUAUGAGCUUUUCAUCGAACUCAGCAUUCACUUAAGGGUCAAUCUCAUGGGGUAUGACUAUUCUGGCUAUGGACAAUCAUCAGGAAAGCCCAGUGAGCAGAAUACAUAUGCUGAUAUUGAAGCUGCAUACAAGUGUCUUGAAGAGAACUAUGGUGCCAAGCAAGAAAAUAUCAUCCUAUAUGGUCAGUCUGUGGGAAGUGGUCCUACUGUGGAUCUUGCUGCUCGUUUACCUCGACUAGGAGCCGUUGUUCUGCAUAGUCCUAUACUAUCAGGGCUAAGAGUCAUGUAUCCUGUGAAGCGCACUUACUGGUUUGACAUCUACAAGAAUAUUGACAAAAUCUCACUGGUUAAGUGUCCUGUGCUGAUAAUUCAUGGAACUAAUGAUGAUGUUGUUGACUGCUCUCAUGGGAAGCAACUUUGGGAACUGUGCCAAGAAAAAUAUGAACCAUUAUGGGUCAAAGGAGGAAACCACUGUGAUUUGGAACUCUACCCUGAGUAUAUUAGGCAUCUCAAGAAAUUUAUAUCAACUGUUGAGAAAUCACCUUUUUGGAGAAAUGGACCUUGGAAAAGUACAGAUGGUAUCGAACAGACUAGGCAAAGUACUGACUAUUUUGAGGCUCCAAGAAGGAGUAUAGACCGCCGCAGGGACAAACCAAGGAAAAGUACUGAUAGCAGGGAAAAGCCGAGGAGAAGCAUUGAUAGCAGGGACAAACCAAGGAAAAGCACUGAUAGGCCAGAAAAACUGAAAUUUCAUGAGUAUCAUAAAUUUAAUAACAUUGACAAGCUCGAAAAGAUUAGAAUAUCCUUAGACCAGAUGGAAAGGAUGGAGAGGUCACGCAGAAGUGUGGAAUACCUUGAUAAAUCUAGGAGAAGCAUUGAUCAUCAGCCAGAAAAAGCCAGGAAGAGUGUUGAUUGGUUAGAUAGAAUCCGAGCAGCGUAGAAGUUUGUCAAAUUCGUUCACUGAGUUUGUUCAAGUGGGAGUGAAUAGAGAAAGUAGAAACAUGGGGAAAUGAGUGAAUUGUUUUGGACAAAUAACAUAUUGUUUUAGAAUUUAUAUUUUGGUCUUCAAAGUUGCAGGAUAACUGUGUCAUGGAUUGUAGGGUUUGGUAUAUUUUUUAGAUUUAUUCUCUUUGAGUUUUCAAUGAAAGAAACUAACCUCUCUCCUUUUUUUUUUUUCUUGUGGAAAAUUGAAAAUGUGUUACAAUUUGUAAGUAAUAGCUAUUAUUUCAUUACAAUGUUCAGAUAUUGUGCUGUGUUUUUAGCUUGGUUUAUGGUUUUAUGGCGCUGCCAAAACAGAAGAGAUGUGAUUUUCUCAGUAUGCAUUGGAACACUUGGUAACUUGUUUCUUAAGAAAUCAAAUAAGUUGCAGGAUACAUUUCC